AUGGGUAGCAAAAUUGAAGAAGGGCAGGAAUAUAUCAGGCAAGCCGAAAAAAGUCUAAAAACAGGUCUUUUGAAAUGGCGACCCGAAUACGAUACUGCGGCAGAUUGUUACACAAAAGCUGCAACUGCCUUCCGAAUUGCAAAAUCGUACGAUCAAAGCAAGGAGUGUUUCCUUAAAGCGGCUGACUGUCAUAAAAACAAUAGCUCUUGGUUCCAUGCAGCCAAGUGCUACGAACAAAUUAUUUUACUAUGUAAGGAAACAAAUAACUUGCUUAGUGUUGAAGAAUAUGCCGGCCGAGCUAGUCAUCUGUAUCAACAACACGGAUCUCCAGAAUCGGCUGCAUCAGCUUUAGAUAAGGCGUCGAAAGUUGUGGAACAAAAACAUCCCGAGAUCGCACUGCGUUUCUACCAACGAGCAUUGGAAAUUAGCAUGAUUGAAGACGCAUCACGAACAGCAGCCGAAUAUGCUAGCAAAGUGUCACGCAUAUUGGUGAAAUUGCAAAUGUAUGAUCAAGCAGCUGACGCUUUGAGACGAGAAAUUGGUCUCAACCAACAAACUGAAUCUUAUGGACAGAUCGGCAGAUUGGCCGUAGCACUGGUAUUAGUUCAAUUGGCUAGGGGCGAUCAAGUAGCGGCCGAGAAGGCAUUUAAGGAAUGGGGCAAUUGCUGUGACCCUCAAGAAGUACAAACCCUGGAAAUGUUAUUGCAAGCAUAUGACGAUGAAGAUCCAGACACAGCUAAGCAAGCAUUAGCUUCUCCAUUUAUACGGCAUAUGGAUGUCGAAUAUUCUAAGUUGGCAUUAAUUGUUCCCUUACCUCAAGGAUUACCGAAUGCUUCCAAACCUGCUGUUAUCAAAAAUGCUACAGCUUCCUAUACGUCACCAAAUAUGGAUGUAAGUAUCGCAUCGAAAGGUGGAAGUAAUGAAAGUGGAGCAGUGCCCGACAGUGCCGCAACGGCAAACGAUGAAGAUGACGAAGAAGGGGGACUUUGUUAA